AUGGGGAAAGAGGAGUGUUAUCAAGAGUUUCAACAGAAAAAGUUAGAGACCGAGCCGGAGAGCAAAAAGAUAAAACGCAUUCAUGGCGGCGUCGAUGAGGACUUGAGCAAUAAGCACCCUUUGUACCACGACGUGCGGAUGCGGAACUGGGGGAAAUGGGUGUCAGAAAUCCGCGAGCCGUGGAAGAAGUCGCGGAUAUGGCUAGGCACAUUCCCAACGCCAGAAAUGGCGGUGUGGGCGCACAACGUGGCGGCUCUUAGCAUCAAAGGCUCCGCCGCCAUUCUCAACUUCCUUCACUUUGCCAACUCGCUCCCUUGCCCAACUUAUCUCACGCCGCAAGACGUUCAAGCCGCGGCGGCCAAAGUGGUGCACAUGGACCCUUCUUCCCUCUCCUCCCUCAAUGAGCAAGUUCAAUUUCAUCUCGAUGUUUUGGAUCUUGAUCUUGCUAUAAUGGAAGAGAAGUCUGCUACUAUUACUGAUGCUAGUAGCAAUGAAGAGAAAGUCCAUUAUAAAGUUUGGGAAAGAUAUAACAGACUUAACCUAAUGUUCAUGAGAAUGACUGUUGCAGACAUUAUUAAGACAGCUCUCCCUAAGACCGAUAAUGCUAAACAGUUUAUGGGAUUUAAGGAAAAUACUGUUGAUCGGCGUAUAUAUCUAAAGGCCAGUGGGAGUAAGGGAACAAAAAAUCACAUGCUUACAUAUAGAAGGUCUGAUCACCUUGAGGUGAUUGGGUAUUCAGACUCAGACUUUGCUAGAUGUGUGGAUACAAGAAAACUCACUAUUGGCUUUGUAUUUCUUUUAGCCAAAGGAGCAGUAUCAUGGAAGAGUGCAAAACAAUCAGUUGUUGGUGCAUCUAUCAUGGAAGCUGAAUUUUUAGCAUGUUUUGAGGCUACAAUUCAAGCUAAUUAG